UUUCUCUCGUUUCAUUAAUUGAAGGUCUGUCUCAGCUCCUUUUUCGCCGCUGAGUCUCAGAUUCCCUUGUUAUCUCUCAGGAUUCACCAAACCGAUCCCCUUCCCUUCUUAGUUCCUUCCUUAUCCCUUCUUUUUUAAAUUUUUUUUUUAUAUUUUUUAUUUUUUAAAACUCAAAUUUUAGUUUAUUAUUAUUUGUUAUUCAGUCUUUUGGGAGAAAUGAGCGAUCAUCUGGUGCCUCCGAUUCUGCUCCGAGAGCCGAGGACGAGGACGAGGAGGAGGAUGAGGAGGCGCCGCUGUUGCAGAUGGCGGAGUGCCGCAUUUGUCAGGAGGAAGACACCGUCAACAAUCUCGAGUCGCCAUGUGCUUGCAGCGGUAGUCUCAAGUAUGCUCACAGAAAGUGCGUCCAGCAUUGGUGCGAUGAGAAAGGAGACAUUAUUUGUGAGAUAUGUCACAAGCCCUAUGAACCUGGUUAUACUGCCCCACCACCACGUGCACAUCCUGAAGAAACUACCAUUGAUAUAGGGGGAGGUUGGACAAUUUCUGGCACACCUUUGGACUUGCGGGAUCCUCGUCUCUUGGCAAUUGCUGAGGCGGAACGCCAAUUCUUGGAAGCAGAGUAUGAUGGAUAUGCUGCUUCUAAUGCCAGCGGUGCUGCAUUUUGCCGAUCAGCUGCUCUUAUUUUGAUGGCUCUUCUACUCUUGAGGCAUGCACUUGCAGUCACAGAUGAAGAUGCCGAUGAUGAUCCAUCCACUUUCUUCUCUCUUUUCUUGCUUCGAGCUGCUGGGUUUCUUUUGCCUUGCUACAUCAUGGCUUGGGCAAUCAGUAUUUUGCAACGUCGGCGACAAAGACAAGAGGCUGCAGCACUGGCGGCAACUCAAGUCGCGUUCGUUUUUCAAUCCGGGCAGCGUAGGGGUCUGCAGUUCGCCAUUGCACCAGGACCUGCAGUGAGUACACACCAGGAACAAGUGUAGUUUGUUUGUAUGCCAGUGUAUGUGUACGAAAUGGCGAUGCGCCAUGUAAAAAGAUGGCUUUGUUGAAAUGCCACAUAUAGUACUCUUGAUUUUUCUCCGCCCUAAUGUUAAUGUACCUACCUGCAUACAUUCACUUUGCAAAUUGCAACUUUGAGAUGGUAGUUGAUUUUUUUUUUAAUUCGAAACAGAUUUAUUUAUUGAUCUAA